GAGAGAGAGAGAGAGAGAGAGGAGAGGAAACGGACAAUCCGAUGACCUCCGCCUCCUUCCUCUCCUCCAACGAAGCCAACGAAUGCCCUAGUUGAUCUUCUCUUCAUCUCUAUCCUCUUCUCCAUUUGAUCUACCUCGCGAUCCAUGGUGGACGCCUUGUUGGCUUAGAGAUUCACAGUCUGCUCAUUUGGCUCAUCGAUUGUAAUUCUGAGAAGAAGGGUAGGGAUCAUGGCCGUGAUUGAGACCGCUGGAGGUGCCGAUCUGGGGAGUCGGGAGCUGGAUGGGAGUAUGGAACCGGCGAUGAAGAAUGGAGUCGCCGAUCAGGGAUCCGGAGAGGGUUUUAAGAGGGAUAUGAGGGAUCUAGAGGAGUUGCUCUCGAAGCUGAAUCCGAUGGCGGAGGAAUUUGUGCCACCGUCCCUUGCGAACAACCAGCAAGUCGGUGGUGGUCGGCCUUAUUCCACUGGUUUCGGAUCCCCCGAUGGUGUUGGGAAUGGCAUCGCCAAUGGUGGUCGGAGGAAGAAGAAUGGAUAUGGACAAGGGAAGCGGCGGAUGAAUAAUAGGACAAGCAUGGCGCAGAAAGAAGAAGUUAUCAGGAGGACUGUCUAUGUUUCUGAGAUCGAUCACCAGGUCACGGAGGAACAGCUUGCAGCUCUCUUCAUUAACUGUGGAAAUGUUGUUGACUGUCGUAUUUGUGGUGAUCCAAAUUCUGUUCUGCGUUUUGCUUUUAUAGAAUUUACAGAUGAGGAGGGUGCAAGGGUUGCUCUAAGUCUUCAAGGAACAAUGCUCGGUUACUACCCUGUACGUGUGCUUCCUUCAAAGACUGCAAUAGCACCUGUGAACCCGACAUUUUUGCCCAAGUCCGAAGAUGAGAGAGAGAUGUGCACAAGAACUAUCUAUUGUACAAAUAUUGAUAAGAAGGUUUCUCAAACACAUCUCAGAAACUUCUUUGAGACAUUAUGUGGAGAGGUCUAUCGGUUGAGGCUUCUGGGAGAUUAUCAUCAUUCUACCCGAAUAGCGUUUGUUGAGUUUGCAAUGGCUGAGAGUGCUAUUGCCGCUCUCAACUGCAGCGGAGUGGUUCUGGGAUCCCUGCCCAUAAGGGUUAGCCCCUCAAAGACUCCUGUGCGCCCACGUUCACCCCGCCCACCCGUGCAUUGAAUCUUGCAGGUCCAGUGAGGCGACUAAAUGGCACUAGUAAUCAUCAUCGUAAUAUAGACAGACACAUAUAUGCACAUUAAGUUAUAUCUCUCGGUUUUAUAAGUUAAUCUCUUUUAUUUUGCCUUUUGUACCUAGUUGAGUCUUAGUUUAUCCAGAGGGAACAGAUUCCUCUUUGUUUGCAA